AGGCGCUGGUGCUAGCGGAGGGAGGCCGCUGCCGGUCGCGGUGUGGGACGGCCAGCGAUGAAGCCGCCUAGUUCAUUGCAAAAAAGUGAGUUUGACUCAUCAGACGAAGAACCCAUUGAAGAUGAACAGACUCCAAUUCAGAUAUCAUGGCUACCCCUGUCACGAGUGAAUUGUUCCCAGUUUCUUGGUUUAUGUGCUCUUCCAGGUUGUAAAUUUAAAGAUGUUAGAAGAAAUAUCCAAAAAGAUACAGAAGAACUAAAGAGCUAUGGUAUACAAGACAUAUUUGUUUUCUGCACCAGAGGGGAGCUGUCAAAAUACAGAGUCCCAAACCUUUUGGACCUCUACCAGCAGUAUGGAAUUAUCUCUCAUCAUCAUCCAAUCCCAGAUGGCGGGACUCCUGACAUAGCCAGCUGCUGUGAAAUAAUGGAGGCACUUGCAGUCUGCCUUAAAAAUAACCGAAAAACCUUAAUACACUGUUACGGAGGACUUGGGAGAUCUUGUCUUGUAGCUGCUUGUCUACUACUCUACCUGUCUGAUACAGUAUCACCACAGCAAGCCAUAGACAGCCUGAGAGACCUCAGAGGAUCAGGGGCAAUACAGACCGUAAAGCAAUAUAAUUAUCUCCAUGAGUUCCGGGACAAACUAGCUGCACAUCUGUCAUCAAGAGAGUCGCUAUCACGAUCUGUAUCUAGAUAAAGUAUUUCAAACAGCAUAUAUAUAUGACCAUGUCUGAAAUUUAAGAGAUCUCUAAUGUAAUUUUUAUUGUAAUGAAACCAUUAGUGUUAUCAACUUGAAUGUCAGUGUGUAUGUGCAGAUAUUCAUAAAGCUUUUAUUGACAAA